AUGACAACAGAGAGGGCUUUGGCGGGGGAAAUGAAGAGCGCAAUGGAGGGUGACGCCAGGAGAACCAAUCAGGUUCCGGAGGACCACGGGGAAGAUGAUAGCUCAGAGAAGACCCCCAGCAAAGCCUCCAAAUCCCCCCAGAAAACCACCAAACGGCCCAAGACCGUCCCUGUCAAAGUCACUCUACUCGACGGCUCAGACUAUGAGGCUGCAGUUGAGAAAUUUGCCAAGGGCCAGACCCUGCUGGACAUGGUGUGUGGCCAUCUGAACCUGCUGGAGAGGGACUACUUUGGCCUGACUUUCCAGGACACGGACAACUCCAAGAAUUGGUUGGAUCCCUCCAAAGAGAUUAAGAAGCAAAUUCGGGUUGGUUCCUGGAUCUUUGGAUUUUCUGUCAAGUUCUACCCUCCAGACCCGUCUGUGCUCAUCGAAGACAUCACCAGGUACUACCUGUGCCUGCAGCUGAGGGACGACAUCCUGUCCGGUCGCCUGCCCUGCUCCUUUGUCACUCACGCCCUUCUGGGCUCCUACACCGUCCAGGCUGAGCUCGGAGACUACGAGCCCGAGGAACACGGCCCCGACUACGUCAGCGACUUCCGCUUUGCACCCAACCAGACACGUGAGCUGGAGGAGAGAGUGAUGGAGCUGCACCAUAACUAUAGGGGAAUGAGUCCAGCAGAGGCAGAGGUGAACUUUCUAGAAAAUGCCAAAAAGCUCUCAAUGUAUGGAGUGGACCUGCAUCAUGCUAAGGAUUCAGAGGGAAUUGACAUAAUGCUCGGCGUGAGCGCCAACGGUCUGCUCAUCUACCGAGACCGUCUCAGGAUCAAUCGAUUCGCCUGGCCGAAAAUCCUCAAGAUCUCCUAUAAGAGAAGCAACUUCUACAUCAAGAUCCGCCCAGGAGAGUAUGAACAGUUUGAGAGCACCAUAGGCUUCAAGCUGCCCAACCACCGGGCCUCGAAGCGACUGUGGAAGGUCUGCAUAGAGCACCACACCUUCUUCAGGUUGGUUUCCCCGGAGCCGCCUCCCAAGGGCUUCCUCGUGAUUGGCUCCAAGUUCCGCUACAGUGGGCGGACCCAAGCCCAGACCAGACAGGCCAGUGCCCUGAUUGACAGGCCUGCCCCACAGUUCGAUAGGUCGGUCAGCAAGAGGUACAUGCUGCCGCGAAGCAUUGAUGGAGCCUCAGCUCUAGGUGACAGUAUGGACCAGCUGUCCCAGCGAAGCUCCAGUGAACGUACACAGUUCAUGUCCAGGGAAGACCUGGACCAAGAGGGCAGCCUGGACCUGGACCAUGAACAGUACCACGACCAGGACCAGGACCAGUACACAGAUCAGGAGCUAGAGCAGCAUGACCUUCAGGACCAAGAUCUGGUUCAGAAGCAUCGGGGUGCCAACAUCUCAACGCCCACCAAGACUCUGGAGCUCAAGGCUGAGGAGGCAGGCUCGCCUGUAGACUCAAAACCAGAGGAUCUGGCCACCCCUCGGCCCAAACAGGAGCAGUUCUUGGAUAAGCCAGAAGAUGUUCUACAAAAGCACCAGGCCAGCAUCAAUGAGCUGAAGAGGGCUUUGAGGCAGCCUAACAGCAAGAUGGCCCAGAGGGAGAAACGGCUCUCCUCAGCUACUCCUCCUGGAGGAACCCCCGAGCGGAAACCAGCGACCAGUGAUGCCAAAUUGAUUGACAAGCAGGAUGCUUAUGAAGGAGCUCUGGAUUACUCUAGAUUGGAAAAGAGUAAGACCUCCUCUGUGGGUAGAGACACGUUCUCUGCGACACCUCGGACUGAAGCGAAUAUGAACAAUUGUCAAACACCCAGGGACUCUUUAAAAACUAGACCUGGAACAUCACCCAAACAGGAAACAGACUUUAUAGCCACAACGGUCACAAGCGCUAUGGAUGAAACGGUAGCAACUAACGGUCAUCACGAUUCCGUAUUAGCGAGGAAUGUUGUUCAAGAGAACGGAUAUGGAUCUCCACCCGACAAACUGAGGAGCGCGAUGAGCAGCAGAGAUACGAGGCAUUGUCAGCACGAGCACAAUAUUCGUCGAGAGAGACCGGCGACCUCUGCAACUCCGGUGGCUGUGGGUUCUCUCCCAAAGGGCAGGAUUGAGGGUGAUGAGAGGCAUUGUGAGGAAAUAAAAGACCCGAGCCCCAUGGGAGUGAAAGACUGCAACAAAACGGGGAACUCUCACUCAGAAGUCACCAAAAUAGUUCCUCUCAAGCCACAGCGAUCAAAGAAGUCUUUGAAUAAGGAGAACAAAGGUGUUGUAAACCCUCAAACUCAAAGCCAGUCUGAUGGAGGCGUCUUUGGUGCGACGGGGGAUGUACACAUGACAAAAUCAAAAGAUGGAUCCUGUGAGGCAGGAAGGAGAGUGGAUGAUAAUAUUGUACUGCGAUCAGCCGCAGAUGUUGUCAAGGAACACACAGGGGCGACCAAACACCGCAGCGAAGCCGCGAUGUCGCAUCAGCAGCAGACUCUGCUACAUCAACAGAUUAAGAAGGAGCUGUUUGGGCAACAGGAGCUCAGAGACUGCAGGGGUACAACAGCACAAAGUCAGUGGACAAGAGGAGGCGUGGUCCACGAAGAUCAUUUUCAAAACAACUCCGAGUUGAAAGAGAAUCUCCUCUCUAGCUGCAAAUUUCCAACUGCUCCCCCGCGAACCCUUCCUCUGAAAACGCAGUGGACCCGAGACAGACAAAGCAACAUGGACAACAGCCACAUUCACUACAGGACGCCCAGCCAGGAAACAGCCAAGAGGAAGCAAGCGGAGACGCCUCCCACACCUGCUAUUCAUGAGGAGCCUCUCAACGAAGCUUCAAGGGAACCAUGGGAGAGACGUCUGGGCUCCGUCUCAGAGGACGACCAGGACCACGACAUCCCGUACUUGAAGGAAACCCACCUGGGCAUCGAGCGCAAAUGUUCCAGCAUCACUGUCAGCUCUACGUCCAGCUUGGAGGCCGAAGUGGAUUUCACCGUCCUCACGGACCUGCACACGGGCAUGGAGGAGUUCUCCAGGGGCAUGUCGGAGCUGGGAGACAGGGAUCUGUCACCUGAUGGGGGUCUGUGCUUCAGCAUCGACUUGCUCCAACAGCAGGGCCCCUCAGAACCGCCUCCUCCAUUAGUGUCAGCUCCUGUGUCCAGAGGAGCCAGCAGCAGCCCUCCGGCCAAACAUAUCCAGGCUGAAGAAGUCCGACCAGAGGUCAAACGGCCCGAUGUGCAGCCUGUCGUCCCCAAAAAACCAAAGAGGUCUGUGCCAGUGUCCUCGUCGGUGGACAGAGAGCAGUCCCACAGAGAAGCCAGUCGCGUCUCUGCUGUCACACCUCUCAGCAGGGAGGCCAGCGAUGUGAUGCCCACACCCACAGUGAGGAAGACGGACGUCAGGACGGAGACUCAGCCCAAUGGGUCAGAGGUCACCACAACCAUCGUGGAGUUCACGGAUCAGGAUCACGGUAUCACUGGCCUGAGUGAAGUUUCUUACUCUACGAGACAGAGUGUGUCCCCCGUGCAUAUGAGCAGUCUUGGAAGAGAGGCGUCGGGGUCACCCAUCCUUGUCACUGAAAACGUUACCUCGGCAACCACUCACGUCACCAAGACUGUCAAAGGAGGAUAUUCAGAGACCAGGAUCGAGAAGAGGAUCAUAAUCACAGGAGACGACGACGUAGACCAGGAGCAGGCUCUGGCUAUUGCGAUACAGGAAGCCAAGCAGCAGCAUCCUGACAUGCAGGUGACCAAGGCAGUUGUUGUCAGGGAAACAGAGUCGUCCACUGAGGAUCGACACCGUGCAUCAGAGGUACAGGGUGCCACCUUAAAUUCACCUUGA